AUGCCUCCUCUCCUGGGUGCCGCCGACUCCUUCAACUCGUCCUCAGCAACGAUCAAGGCCGACACCUCGCGCGACCGCCGUAACCCCCCUUCCUCAAACGCCCUCAGACCACAGGACAGCGUCGGGCGCGAGUUGGACGCCCUCAUCGGCGGACGUAACGGCCUCCUCCAGAGCGACAACGGCGUUGGUGACGUCGACCUCCUCUCGCGCUAUCUCCGCGGGACCCAUACACUCCCUGGCGAGAUUUCCUUUUCAGACCCCAACACCAACACUGGCGUUGACCCCCUCUCAUACGUCGUGGACCCGUCGGCGCCCGACGUCAACUUCUUCGCCGAUUCCGAGUUCGAGACGACCAACGCGUUUCAGUUCCCCCAGCCUGGGCAUGAGCCGGCGUCAACCAUCUCACCAUCAACUUUUGCGGGCCCUUCUGUACCUCUUGAACGUCCCUCAUCCUCCUUAUCCCACAGAUCACACCACUCAGACUACUCGUACUCGACAACUGAGGGAAGUUACGUGACCACCGACGACGACGGCGACGACCUCAUGAACCAGCAGCCGUCCGCUGCGGCCUCUCCGUCGCCACUCAACGAGCUUGGUCAGCUCAACCUUGGCUCGUCCGCUGCGGCGUGGCACGUGGGGCCGUCGAAUGGUGUGCCGCAGACCAUCUCACCCGCUGCGCAGGCGCUCGGCUCGAGUGUGCGCAACGUGCCGCCCGCGCCUUCCUCCACGGCGAGCUCGUCGCGCCGCCGCUCGCACGCCGUCAGCUUCCCCGAGGAGGAGGACGACAAGCGCCAGGCGCACCUUGAGCACCGACGCUCGAUCAAUCGCCGCUCAGCGCAGAAGCACCGCCUGCGCCGCAAGGAGGAGCUCGAAAACCUGUCGCGUCAGGUCGCUGAGCGCGACAAGCGCAUACAUGAGCUUGAGCGCGAGCUGGCCGUCGCCCAGGGCAACCUCAAGACGCUGAUGUCGCUGGUGCAGAGAGGCAAGAAGAGCGAGUGA